AUGCCGACUGAAGUCACUGUACAGAAUUUGUACAUUUUUAACUCUAAAUUAUCGAAAACCGAGGACGAUGGAGCUAAAAAAAUAUUAUUUUAUUAUCCAGAACACGACGAUGAGAACAAAAAAGUUCUCAAUGUCGGUCACAUUGAAGCUGUAAUCUGUUUUGCACGGAACUUUAAUGCAAAUGAGUCAUGUGAAUCAUUGCGUACUGAAAAAUCAUUGCAAGUGUUGUACAAUGCGGAGCCAGAUUUUUGGAUAGUUAUUACUGUUUCAGCACAAUGUAAAUCUAAACAAAAGUCUUCAGAGUCCCCAGAUGAACCUAUAUAUUGCACGCAUAAUCUCCAAGAACCAAUUUAUUUGGCCGUUCUGAAACACUGGUAUCAUACGUUUCAAAUGACUGUGGGUAGUAUGACUAAGCUAAUGAACGAUAAUGAUCCGGAUUAUCUCAGACUUAUGCUUAACAAAUUUUAUAGCAAGUAUUUACAGAGUACUGAUGUAUCGAGUCACACAUUUAUGGAUAUGUUUCAUGGUAUCAGUUUUCUUCCUUUAGACAAUGCCAUUCAUUUGAACGCUCAGAGUUUUCUAAAUAUUAUUGAAAACACAUUUCAACAAGUACAUUUUACAAUGUUACUUUAUAAUGAUUCACUUGUUUGGAGUGGUUUGAAUAAACGUCAAACUCAACUUGUGUAUUCCUAUAUUUUAAUGUGGGUUUUACCAGAAAUUUCAAAGAAAGACAAUUUAGUCAAAGGAAAUUCAGUACAACAAUGUUUGCCCAAUCAAUUAGUUGGAAGGUUUAUAACAAAUGUUUGGGCAGUAAAAACAGAUAGUUGGAUUAGUGAUUUGGGUAAGGUUCCUAUUUUAAGGUUAAAUGAUGAAAACGACGAAACAUUCAAAAGCUAUAGGCUAGUUAUGUAUAAAGCUCAUCAAUCAAUUGUUUGUAUGUUUAUUAAAAUGGAAAAUCCUUUAACGGCAGAUUUAUACAACUCGUUAGAUCAGUUUCUUGGGACAAAAUUACAUUUGUUAUCAGAAAAGAUGAAAAAUACAGUUGAAAAGACAUUGGCUUCAAAAUUGUAUACUGAAAGACCAGCUAAAUUUGUAUAUUUUAAUGGUAUGAAUUUAGCUAUUAAAAAUUCAAUUAAGCAUUCAAACACAGCAGCUACAACUAAUAGACCAUCCGAAUUUAAUCUUAGUCCGGAAGCAUUACGAGUGUUAGUGGAUAUUAGCAGCCAACAAUCUUGUAUGCACCCAACUUAUUCUGUUAUGAUAAAAACAGCUAAUGAUAAUUGGGUAGCUGGUAGAUUAUGCAAUUCACGAGAAAUUUAUAUAGUGUUGAAUCAAAAGUUGACCAAGUUAUAUGAUGUAGAUUCUGAAAUUCAAAGUCUUUGUGCUCAGGAAUUUGGAACAAUAUUUUUUUAUGAUUAA